AUGAAAACAUCAACAAUGAGUCCUCCACUUCAUGUAGAAGUAGUUCAAAAGAAAGAGAGUUUUAUGAAUAAAAAUAUUUUAAAAGAAUUAGUGCAUAAUUUUUUAGCAAAUUUCACUACUUUGACUCCUGGUGCAAUAAUAAACAACAGUGAUCUAGAGGAAAAUGUACAACUUUUUGAACAUGUGCAAUCUAUUACAUUUUGUGACGUAGAACAUGAUUCUGAAGUGGUUACAAGUGCAACUGAACUCGUUUACCAUGUGUACACACUGGACUCAUUCGGCGCUGAAACCGACACUAUGAGUGAUAAUUCUUCUGGUGAGGAGGUCUCCGUAGCCGAUGUAUGGGCUCUUCCGGCGGAAGAAUUCCACGGUUUAUGGGAAACUCUCAUAUACGACUCCAAGCUAAAGGAAGAUACGCUGCGAUUCGUAGAAACGGCUUUCGAUUUCGCCGAUCGCGGCGUCGACCCUAACAUCGUCAGCUGGAAUCGCGUAGUACUGUUACACGGCCCGCCCGGUACGGGCAAAACUAGCCUAUGUCGUGCGCUAUCUCAGAAGCUGGCUAUCCGUCUCUCGGAUAGGUUUCCUCGGGCACGUCUGCUCGAGAUCAACGCGCACGGCCUCUUUUCCAAAUGGUUUUCGGAGAGCGGUAAGCUUGUGGCAAAGCUUUUCGAGCGUAUACGAGAGAUACUCGAGGAUCGACGCCUGCUCGCGUGUAUUCUCGUGGACGAGGUGGAGUCGUUGACGCACGCUCGGCGCGCGGCGCUCGCCGGCCUGGAGCCGUCGGACUCGAUCCGCGCAGUGAACGCAAUCCUGACGCAGCUGGAUCGACUCAAGCGGCAUCCUAACGCGCUCGUGCUGACCACGUCGAACGUGACGGGGGCCAUCGACGUGGCGUUCGUGGACCGCGCGGACAUCAAGCGACUGGUGGGGCCGCCGUCGGAGCGCGCGGCGUACGAGAUCCUGCGCGGUUGCUGCGGCGAGCUGAUGGCGCGCGGGGUGGUGGCGCCGCGCGAGCAGCUGUUCCCGCUGCGCGUGCUGGAGGCGGCGCGCUUCGCCGAGAGCGACGGCUCGCGCGCCAGCUUGCGGCUGCGCGAGGUGGCGCGCGGCGCCGCGGCGGCCGCCAGCUCUGCGCGUGCGCUGCGUCGCCUGCCCUUCCUCGCGCGGGCGCUGCACUCCAGCUGCGAGGGCCCGCCUUCGCUACCGCGCUUCAUUGAUGCACUACAUGCUGCCCUCACGCAGCAACUGCAUGACGCGCGGGAUCUUUGCAACGACCCUGGCCCCACCUCACCACUCUCGUGA